CAUCAAAUCAUGUAAAGGAAUUUUGGUGGAAACAAUCCAUUGUGGAGAAAUGGGUCCGGAGCUGCAUACACCAUUUGGAAUCGUUCGCGACCGAACAUGGAUGGUUGUCAAUGCCGAAUACCACUUCCUGACACAGCGCCGAAUCCCGCGGAUGGCCUUAAUUUGUCCGGAGAUCGAUGGUGCUUUUCUGUUGGUGACCGCUCCGGAUAUGGCGCCACUGCGAGUGCCCAUACAGCCUGACCUGUCGACCGCCAAAGUUGUCCAAUCUGCUGUCUGGAGUCAAGAGAUUUCAGGGAUUGACUGUGGGGAUGAAGCCGGCGAGUGGUUUUCCAAGUUCUUAGAAGAACCAGGGCUGCGCUUGAUAUACCAUCCACCUGAAUUUGCCGGUCGGCAACUGGUGGAAAGAGAUGCCAAAGUGCUGAAAAUCAAGCGGAAAAUGUGGGAAGAUAAAGACAAAUGCGCUUUUGCGGAUGCCGCACCGUAUCAGCUGCUCAGUGAGGACUCGGUUGCCGAGCUCAGUCGGCACAUGGACACACCGGUACCGUAUCUUCACUUCCGGCCAAGCAUUUUAGUUAACGGAUGCCCACCGAACAACGAGGAUCACUGGUGGCGUUUUCGAAUUGGAACGUCCGAAUUCCGUGCUACAAAGCAGCGUUGCAGAUGCACUUUAACGACAGUGGAUCCACAAACCGGCACAUUUGGAAGGAAAGAUGUGCUUGAGACACUCAAAAAGUUCCGCUCAAACCAGAGUGCCGAAUGGGACGAGGUGUACAAGUUUGGACCGUUGCUUGCUGUCGAUUUGGGUAUCGAUAAAACGGGAACAUGCUCCGUCGGAGACAUAAUUGUGCACUUACCUGACGAAUGAUACAAAACUAUCCUGUCUAUCGUCGCAUCUUGUAUAAUUCUUUAUGUAAAAGCACAUGUUUUCUUGAUAAUUAUGUCAUUUACAUCCAUUUGAUUGUAUUAAUAUUAAGAUGAAUAAUAAUGAUUGCCUUUAUGCGUUUUCAAUAAUUCUAUUGUAAAGCAGUAAAACACGUUUCUUAAUGAAGUGAUUUGUUGUCAAUGACGAUCUAAUAGACAAAGUAA